AUGCAUUUUGAUGAAAAAUUUGCAGUCUCAAAGCGGCCACAAUGAUUUAACAAAUAUCUAGAUUUACCAGCAAUUUCAGAAUUAAGUGGGUUUGAGUUUUCAAUCUCUUUAGAAGAAAACAGUCCAUUUUUUAGUAAGCUUGAAGAAGAAGUCGAUCGAUUUACUAGCUUUUAUGUUCACACCUUGGUUUCUUUAGAAGAAAUGAGGCUAAAUUUAAAAGAAGAAAAAAAAUCAUUAAGAAAGUGGCACUCAGAGGACCUCCAUGUUUAUUUAGAAACAUUGAUUAAGCUUGCUCACGAGUCAAUGGAAAUCUGUUUAUUUAUGGUUUUAAACUUACAGGCAACAAGAGUUCUUAUUAAGAGAUAUGAAUCACAUAUUUUUAAAUACCAAAAAAGAGCAAGAGAUAUAAUUCAAAAUAGACUACAUAACAUAAACAAAAAAUUCAGCAAUGCCCUGUCAGAAAAUAUUUUACAAAAAAUCCUUGAUGACUUGCAAAAUAUCCACUACCCUAAAUGCAAAAAUUUAAUUGAGCAUAAAAACCAAGAAUCUUUAUUGGGUGCUAGUUUAAAAGACAAAUUAGAAAUUCUUGAUCUCACAAUUGAUGAUUUUAAAAAUAAGCAUUACAAGCGUAUUAUAUAAUUAGUGAAAAACAAUAAGCCUCUUGCUGUGUAUCUUUAUCACCAAGUGGGUAAUGAUAUUGAAGGCCCAGUUAUAAUUGAACCUAGGAGCUCGCCUAUGAGAAACUUAGUAUUGAUAUUAGUUUUAGUGUUUUUAUAUUCCAGCAAUGUGUGCAUGCUUUGCAUUACUUCAAAAUAUUAUCUUAAAGAGCUUGAUUAUGCAGAAUCUUAUGUUGGGCUGCUAAAUGCUUGUACGCCUAUGGCAUCAUUGGUUUUUGGUAUGAUUACAGGGAUAUGGACAAGAUAUAGCUAUAAAUUGCCUAUAGGAACUGCAGCACUUUGAAUUUUACUAGGUAAUAUCACCAAUGGACUUGCCUUGCAUUUUGAGCUUGGAAGUCUAUUAUUUUUAGGCCGUCUUUUAUUAGGAAUAGGCGGCUCAGGCUUAAUCUCAAAAAUGUACAUGGCUGAGCAUGUAUCUAAUGAAAACCGAGCAAGAUGAAGCGCAGGCCUUGUAUUAAUCAUUGCAAUUGGCAUGGCUAGUGGCCCACUUUUAGCUGUAUUUUUUGACAUCAUUAAUUUUUCUGUAUUAUCGUAUGGUGAACAAAUAUUUUCGACGAUCAUCUGGACAUGUGUAAUGGUUCUAUAUUUAAUUAUAUUUCUAUUUGUUUUUGAAGACACCUCAAAAGAGCUGAUCAUUAAUGGAUUUAAUAAUUCAAACCACUGGAAUCAUAGCUAUUGAGCUGUAGGUCUCUGUGUGUGAACGCUUAUAGUAGCAUCAUUGAUACAGGAAGGCUUUAUAUCGUCAGCUCCUAUAACCAAAUUCCCAUUUUUCAAGGACAAUGAGCUUUCUUUUAACUAUUUAGGGAUUUUAAUAUCAAGUUUGUGCCUAAUUCCUAUGAUAUCUCACUGCUUCAUUGGGGUUUUGACUGUUAAAUUUAGUGAGAGAGAAUUUUUAUUUAUUGCUGGAAUUGCUGUUAUAGUAGGGAGUGGCUUGUUUCUGGACUUUGGAGAUAUUUCAGAAUUCCAGUUUACCCUACCUCCCCUUUUAAAUUGAGAUAAAAUAUAUGUAAAAUUUCCAUUUUCUUGGAUGCUUCUUAUAGGUGAUGAUACUAUUUUUAUAAAUUUGACUUAAUUUAAUGGUAAAAGUGUAAGCAGAAUAUUAUUUAAACAUUUUUCACACUGUAGCAAUUAAUCUUAAAUUAAUUUUACAUAAAAUAAAAUAAAAUUCGUUCAAUAUAUAUUUUUUUAAUUUUUUUUUAGAAAAGUUUAAUAUAAUUUUUAAAACAAAAAAAUCUGAAGCAGGAUUUUUGUUUCAAUUUAAAGAGAGGAAGGAUAAGUUCAAUUAUUAUAUUUUUAGCAACUGAUGUGGCAGAUGGAGUUUCAAAUUCGUUAAUUUCUAUAAAAUUGCCUAAAAAAAUAUCAAAAGGAUUAGCAGAUAGUGGCUUUCUUUCAACACAAGCAGUGCUAUUUGGGAAAAUUAUCGGUGAUUUAGUGGUGUGGGGCAUUGCUUCAAAUGAUAUUAGAAGGCUAGAGCUAUAUCAAGGAAUUGUGUGGUGUAGCUUAAUCACCCUUUUUAAUAGCAAGAAUUAUUUUUUGAUAGCUUAAGAUGCAAGGUAUAUUUUUAUGAAAUGAAUUGGGCCUUUUUUGAAACCAGUAAACUGGCCUAUUGGUCCCAAAAUAGGUCCAAUAGACCAUAUUAAAUUAUAUAUUAAAUAAUAAUAAAAGCUGCAAAUUUAAUGCAAUCAGCCAAAGAUCUUUUAUAUCAAUUAUUAAUUUUAUACUCAAAAAUAUUUUUGCUACCCUUAAAGGGGCUAAUUUCCACAAAAUAGGAUUUUCCAACAAUUUUGAUUACUCUUAGACAGGGAAGUUAGGGAUUUUGACUUUGAUUUUGAUAUAUUUAUUAUACAGACAUCUAGACAGUAGUCGAAAAGAUAAAUAA